AUGUACUGUAGCAACUUUGUCUCGGCCAUUGACAUCGCUAACGACAUUGGAAACGUAUCAAAGCGGGUGUACCUGGCAGUGGGUGAUGGCACCUGGAUCUUGCCCAAAUGCUACCCCAAGUCUCGGGCUUUGGACAUGCUGUUUUCCCGCUCUGUCGCCUACCACAGAAACGGUUUGGCCAAGAUGAAUGACAUCUUGAUGGAGCAAGCAAACAAUCGGAUUGACCACGAAAAGGCCGGCAUUCGAUCAUCCAAACCCCCAUUGAUGUCGUCAGGAAUUGGAACCAAUGACGAUAUCCAGCUGAAAAUACUGGCGGGAAAAGUGCGGAUCUACGGACACUUGUCGCGUCUGCAACAGGACAAGGCCCACUUUCUGGAUGGCAAGGUCAUUUCCGGAAUUGAGGCCAUCGUCUUUUGUACCGGGCAGCUGCCGGAUUUGUCUUUCCUUGAGCUGCGGAUAAGUGAAGACAAUGGAAAGGUGGAACUGUACAAGAUGAUGUUUCCUGUCAAAGAAAAGCAUCAUACCCUGGCACUGAUCGGACACUUCGGUGCAGAUUCACCCCUCGCUUUGCCCACUCGUGACCAGAUGAAGAAAGAUGCCGAGUUCUGGAACGCUCAAGUUUUGGCCAGAAGAGGAAAAUAUGGUUCAUAUUUGGUAAACGGAACAAUGCUGUCAGAGCUGCUAGCACUAGAACUGGGUUGCUACCCGAAGUUCUGGAGUAUCUUCUUCGCCGAUCCUGUCCUAGCUUUCAGGGUCUGGUACGGGCCAAUCCAAUGGGAAGCAGCCACUAAACUCUCGCAUGCUUUCUUCGAAGAAGGACACAGUUCACUUCGACACAGAGAAGUUAGCAGGCUGCAAAGACCAGACAUAUUUAGGUUGGCUACCACCAGCUCAGUGGUACUUGUCAUCGUCUCAUCUGUGACCGCAAUCAUUGGUUUUGUAGCUUGCAAAUAUCACAUCAUUCAGAAGAUAACAUUUUUAUAA